CUCUCUCAGCCCCGCCCAGCGCCCCUCUCGGCUCCAGGAGGCUCGGGUUGUGAGGUGUCUGAGCGGAGCGCCUGCGCAGUGGGCAGCGGCGCGCGGGGCGGAGGCUUAUAACCACUUCGUCGCUGCCGCUGGGUUUCUGUCUCUGGGAGGGCGGCAGAGGCGGCGGCGGGCCGGGCGCCGGCUGCGGGGCGCUGAGGUGGGAGCUGUGGCGGCGCUGGACGCCCCUGGCUCCUCGGCCUCUGCGGGCCAUGGGCUCCGAGAAGGACUCUGAGUCACCGCGCUCCACAUCCCUACACGCGGCCGCGCCCGACCCCAAGUGCCGCAGCGGCGGCCGGCGCCGGCGCCUCACCUUCCACAGCGUCUUCUCCGCCUCGGCCCGCGGCCGCCGCGCCAGGUCUAAACCGCAGGCCGAGCCGCCGCCCCCGGCCGCGCCGCCGCCGCCCGCCCCGGCCCCAGCCGCGGCCCAGGCCCAGCCGCCCGAGGCGCUGCCCACCGAGCCGACAGCCGAGGCCGAGGCGGAGGCCGCGGCGGCGGCCGGGCCCGGGUUCGACGAUGAGGAGGCAGCGGAGGGCGGUGGCCCGGGCGCGGAGGAGGUGGAAUGCCCGCUGUGCCUGGUGCGGCUGCCGCCCGAGCGGGCCCCGCGCCUUCUCAGCUGUCCGCACCGCUCGUGCCGGGACUGCCUCCGCCACUACCUGCGCCUGGAGAUCAGCGAGAGCCGGGUGCCCAUCAGCUGCCCGGAGUGCAGCGAGCGACUCAACCCGCACGACAUCCGCCUGCUGCUCGCCGACCCGCCGCUCAUGCACAAGUACGAGGAGUUCAUGCUGCGCCGCUACCUGGCCUCGGACCCCGACUGCCGCUGGUGCCCUGCCCCGGACUGCGGUUAUGCUGUUAUUGCCUAUGGCUGUGCCAGCUGCCCAAAGCUAACCUGUGAGAGAGAAGGAUGCCAGACUGAGUUCUGCUACCACUGCAAGCAGAUAUGGCAUCCAAAUCAGACAUGCGAUAUGGCCCGUCAGCAGAGGGCACAGACUUUGCGAGUUCGGACCAAACACACUUCAGGUCUUAGUUAUGGGCAAGAAUCUGGACCAGAUGACAUCAAGCCAUGCCCACGAUGCAGCGCUUACAUUAUCAAGAUGAAUGAUGGAAGCUGUAAUCACAUGACAUGUGCAGUGUGUGGCUGUGAAUUCUGCUGGCUUUGUAUGAAAGAGAUCUCAGACUUACAUUACCUCAGCCCCUCUGGCUGUACAUUCUGGGGCAAGAAACCAUGGAGCCGUAAGAAGAAAAUUCUUUGGCAGCUGGGCACUCUGAUUGGUGCUCCGGUGGGGAUUUCUCUCAUUGCUGGCAUUGCCAUUCCUGCCAUGGUCAUUGGCAUUCCUGUUUACGUUGGAAGGAAGAUUCACAGCAGGUAUGAAGGAAGGAAAACCUCCAAACACAAGAGAAAUUUGGCUAUCACAGGAGGAGUGACUUUGUCAGUCAUCGCAUCCCCAGUCAUUGCUGCCGUUAGUGUUGGUAUUGGUGUCCCCAUUAUGCUGGCAUAUGUUUAUGGGGUUGUGCCCAUUUCUCUCUGUCGUGGAGGUGGCUGUGGUGUUAGCACAGCCAAUGGAAAAGGAGUAAAAAUUGAGUUUGAUGAAGAUGAUGGUCCAAUCACAGUGGCAGAUGCCUGGCGAGCCCUCAAGAAUCCCAGCAUUGGGGAAAGCAGCAUUGAAGGCCUGACCAGCGUACUGAGCACAAGUGGAAGCCCUACAGACGGACUCAGUGUUAUGCAAGGUCCUUACAGUGAAACAGCUAGCUUUGCAGCCUUGUCAGGGGGCACACUGAGUGGUGGCAUACUCUCCAGUGGCAAGGGAAAAUACAGCAGGUUAGAAGUUCAAGCUGAUGUCCAAAAGGAAAUUUUCCCCAAAGACACAGCCAGUCUUGGUGCAAUUAGUGACAACGCAAGCACUCGUGCUAUGGCCGGUUCCAUAAUCAGUUCCUACAACCCACAGGACAGGUAUAGCAUGAUCCAUACAUGACUCAGCAAAGCGGAUUUUGUCUCCACAGAGAAUGCAACAACAUGGAAAUCCAAGUGGACAUUGAAGCCAAACCAAGCCACUAUCAGCUGGUGAGUGGAAGCAGCACGGAGGACUCACUCCAUGUUCAUGCUCAGAUGGCAGAGAAUGAAGAAAGUAGUGGUGGCGGAGGCAGUGAAGAGGAUCCCCCCUGCAGACACCAAAGCUGUGAACAGAAAGACUGCCUGGCCAGCAAACCGUGGGACAUCAGCCUGGCCCAGCCUGAGAGCAUCCGCAGCGACCUGGAGAGCUCUGAUACACAGUCUGACGAUGUGCCAGACAUCACCUCAGAUGAGUGUGGCUCCCCCCGCUCCCAUACCGCAGCCUGCCCUGCAACCCCCAGAGCCCAAGGUGCACCAAGCCCAAGUGCCCAUAUGAACCUCUCUGCCCCACCUGAGGGACAGACUGUCUUGAAGCCAGAAGGUGCAGAAGUCAGAGUAUGAAGUGGAAUGAAUGCUCCUGUUCUGAGAAGCACACUUGUAACUGCAUCUUUUGGAAUCUUUUUUGAAGGGGUGGGGUGGGGAUUUAUGUAUUUUAUUUGAAAGAUUCUCUGGUCAUAGGUUUUCCCCAGGGAAAUUCUAAGAGAUUUGCAAUUUCUUACAAGAUAAAACAAGAAAAGUUUGCCCUUAGUCCCUCUGCCCUUGCCCCCACCCCUUUUUUUAGUUUUAAUUUAUUGGUUAAACUGAUGGUGGCGAUCUGUGAGGUGUGUCAAAGAGUGUACAUAUGUAUGUGUGUAUAUUGUAUGCUAAACAUAAGGACACAUUUUAAUAAAGAUUUCUGUCGUAAAUCAA